GAUAUCUCCAAAGUGUCCAAUACUUCGACUGUUUGCAUUUUGCAAAUAUGGACAAAUCGCAAAAGGUUUCGUGUUGAAUUACUUUAGGGCAAACAUAAUUUUAUUACUGAGCUGGACUAGACGGAAGUAGUUAGAUAAUUGAAUGAUUUAAUUAUAAAAUGUGUAAAUGGACGCAUUUAGUUGUGGUUUUUCUGUGCUGUUCACAAGUAUGUUUCGCUAUACGGGAGUACAGCAAAAAAGAUGUUGUGAAGCUACGCGAGGAAGUGCGUGAAAUGUUCCAACAUGCGUACGACAGUUACCUGCGAUUCGCGUAUCCUUAUGACGAAUUACGACCGCUGAGCUGCGAUGGUGUAGACACAUGGGGUAGUUACUCCCUUACGCUUAUUGACGCGCUGGACACUUUGGCCAUUAUGGGCAAUGCUACUGAGUUUAGGAGAGUGGUUGAUAUAGUCCUGAAGAGACAAACUUUUGAUACCGAUGUCAAUGUGUCGGUUUUCGAAACCAAUAUUAGAAUAAUUGGGGGAUUGUUGAGUGCACAUCUUUUAUCUCAUAAGAUGGGUGUAAUAUUAGAACCAGGUUGGCCUUGUAACGGUCCACUUCUUCGUCUGGCUGAAGAUGUGGCUCAAAGACUGAUAACAGCAUUUGAUACUACAACUGGAAUGCCAUAUGGCACUAUCAACUUGAGGUUUGGAAUACCUCCUGGAGAAACUAGCGUGACUUGUACUGCAGGAGUUGGCACUUUCAUAAUUGAGUUUGGCACUUUGAGUAGACUUACUGGAGAUCCCAUAUACGAAGAGGUAGCAUACAAUGCACUAAAAGCUCUGUACCACCACAGAUCACCCAUAGGUCUCCUGGGCAACCACAUUGAUGUGAUGACUGGCCGCUGGACUGCACAAGAUGCUGGUAUUGGGGGAGGGGUGGACUCUUACUAUGAAUAUCUAGUCAAAGGAGCCAUUCUAUUGGAGAAACCUGAGUUAAUGUCCAUGUUCAAAGAGGCACGACAAGUAAUCGACAAAUAUUUAAAAAAGGACGAUUGGUUCGUGUGGGCGACUAUGUUACGAGGACAUGUCACUUUGCCUGUCUUUCAGUCUUUGGAGUCAUAUUACCCUGGGCUACUUACUCUUAUUGGGGAAAGCGACACGGCGAUGCGUAUAAUUCACAACUACCAUAGCGUAUGGAAGCAAUACGGAUUUACGCCAGAAGUAUAUAACCUGGGCACAGGCGAGGCGUCAUCGGCGCGUGAGAGCUAUCCUCUAAGACCAGAGCUCAUUGAAUCCAUCAUGUAUUUAUACAGGGAGACCAGAGACCCGAUAUUAUUGCAGAUGGGGGAAGAUAUUUUGAGAAGUAUUCAACACAGUGCAAGGACUAGUUGCGGUUACGCUACGAUUAAAGAUGUUCGCGAUCACCGCAAGGAAGAUCGAAUGGAAUCAUUCUUCCUAGCUGAAACGACAAAGUAUUUGUACCUUCUUUUUGAUCCUGAUAAUUUCAUCCACAACCCUGGUGUUCACGGCUCGAUUAUCAACACACCUAACGGAGAAUGCGUAGUAGAUGUCGGAGGUUACAUUUUUAAUACCGAGGCGCAUCCUAUUGACCCUUCUAUGCUGCACUGUUGUCACGAAGCCAGAAAUGGAAUUAACAUCAGUGAAAUCCAUAGGAUGUACCAGAUUCUGGAGGAAGAAGACAACGUCAAAAUUAUGACUAUGAUUGGCGCUUCAUCCAACACUAGUGUAGUCAAAGAUACUGAGCCAAAUACUAACAGUAGCAAGGAAACAAAAGCCACUAACGCCAGUAGGCAUUCAAAACAAGAAGCUGAAAUUAAGUUUGAUCAAAAUCAAGUCUUGAUUAAGACAGAAACAAAGGCAGGAUAUGUGAAUUUACAAGGCAAAGAGAGAGACCAAGUUGAAUACGACAACGCCUUAAAGGACAUGUUGAAGGAGCAAAUAAAAUUCUAUUAUAACGCUACUGAAGCUAAAAUGCAAUUUGCUGAAGAAAUGGAAAAUGCAGGUCGCUCUGAGAAAGAAGAGCCUUCUCGAUCUCAGGCAAAAGUCGAAGUAGACGAUAUAAUAGUACCACAGAAACCACAGGAAAUGGAAAAAUUAGAACCACCAAGCACUAGGAAAGCAAAGGCGACAUUAAAUUUAUUAUUGCCAAAAGUAAUACAGGAUUUCCUAAACAAUGACUGGAAGUUGAAACCAAAAUGUGAACCACAGCACUUGUUAGAAAGGAUACGCAAAGAGAAAAAGUAUCCUGAUCAUCCUGACACCCACAAAUACGAGCUGCUCUUGACACCGUCGCAAUCGUUCCUACAGAGAAUAUCACUUGCAGGAGAAUUUCUAAGUAAAAAUCAAUUAGAAAUGUAAUCAAAGUGUUUAUAAUAUUUAUUGCUCUACUCCAUAUGAAUUCAAUUCAUAGAAAUAGACAAUUUUUUGCUAUGAAAUUAUUGUGAUUUUCUUAGCUUGUAGGAAGAACUUUUGAUCUUUAAUCAUUAAAUAU